AUGCAGCUGCAGGCCACCGGCUGCACAAGCAUGAACGUUGUAGAGAGUGUGCCCCCCUACGUCGACACACCCCUAAGCGCCGCGCACCGAGACCAGACGAAUGCGCUGCAGGGGGGCAGUGACAAGGCGGUCCAGCCCAUACCGCUCGAAGAAUACGUUGAACGGUUUUUCGCCGCCGUGGAAGAGACGGCACCGGACGGCUCUCUGAAGAAUGAAACUGGCGUUGGCUUCGGUGCUCAAGGUACCGCGGUCUGGAACGAUGGCUUCAGGAAAUCGCUCACGGGUUUCGGCAUGGCAGCGCAGAUCUCGUCAUCGGCGGCUCUGGCUUCUCAAGUUUAUGCCGAGACUACAUGUAAGGCGACCAUUGUGGGGGGUAUCUGA